GCCCGCUCGUAUAAAGGCAGACGCCGCGCCGCUCCGCAGUGUUGGCCUUGUUCUCCGCUUUUCUUUCUUUUUGGAGACGCCGCCCUGCUCUCAUCAGCCUCUGGCCAGCCAUCUCCUUGAAUCCUAACACCAUGCCUUCAAUUAAGUUGCAGAGUUCUGAUGGAGAGAUAUUUGAAGUUGAUGUUGAAAUUGCGAAACAGUCUGUGACUAUUAAGACCAUGUUGGAAGAUUUGGGAAUGGAUGAUGAAGGAGAUGAUGAUCCAGUCCCCUUGCCAAAUGUUAAUGCAGCAAUAUUAAAAAAGGUCAUUCAGUGGUGCACCCACCACAAGGAUGAUCCUCCUCCUCCUGAGGAUGAUGAGAACAAAGAAAAGCGGACAGAUGAUAUCCCUGUUUGGGAUCAAGAGUUCCUGAAAGUUGACCAAGGAACACUUUUUGAGCUUAUACUGGCAGCAAACUACUUAGACAUCAAAGGUUUGCUUGAUGUUACCUGCAAGACUGUUGCCAAUAUGAUCAAGGGGAAAACUCCUGAGGAGAUUCGAAAGACAUUCAAUAUCAAAAAUGAUUUUACUGAAGAAGAGGAAGCCCAGGUACGCAAAGAGAACCAGUGGUGUGAGGAGAAGUGAAAUUUUGUGUCUGAUGCUGUAACACUGUAAGGAUUGUUCCAAAUACUAGUUGCACUGCUUUGUUUAUAAUUGUUAAUAUUAGAAAAACAGUCCACAAAUGCAGCAGCAAAUCAGUUGUAUUAGCAGAAUGUUGUCCUCAUUGCAUGUGUAGUUUCAGUACAGAUUCCAAACUUAUGGCUCAGUUUCUUCUAGUAUGAUCAAAAGUUCUUUUUUCUUUGCUCUGAAUAAAAUUGAACUGUGGGUUCUCUAUAGAAAGUGG